GUCCAAUGUAUUUUUAAUAUAAACAAUUGCCACACAAAGCUGCUAGUACACUGUGGGAAAAUAAUUUUUGUAUUUCGGGAAGAAAUCAUUUAAUUGUUUACAAACUGCAGUAUUCACAUUUUGCCACAAGACGGCAGUAUAAAGAGUAAAAAAAAAACGAAAUUGCAGUACCUACUUUUGGCCACGAGAUGGCAGCAAGAAAUAAGAAAAAAAUAAUUAACCAUCUGUGCAAGCAGGUAAACAUUUACCAUCUAUAUAAGUAUUGCACAUUGCACAUUGCAUAGAGAGUGUCCAAUCUAUGUUAAAGGUGAUUCGAAAGAAGUCAGACUUCAGUAAAGACUGUACAUUGGCAGCCAUAACAUAAGCCGUAAAUAAUUACCAAAUGAGUCAUCCCCUUUCAGAAACAUUUAUUGAUAUUCCUUCAUAACACACAGACAUAAGAUUUUUUUCCAACUGUCAGCAUCUGAUCCAAAUGGGAUUCCCAUUUCCUUUCUGUGGGAUCCAACAGAACACACCAUCAGUCAACAUGCCUUCAACCAUGCAGGACAGGACCCAGUCCAGGCCAAACCUCACGGUGCUGGUGUUGAUAAAAAAAUUAGGCAGCUGGUUCAUCCCAGGCUCAGGGUCUCUCUGCUCUUCAUCAAACCCACACCCCCAGUUUGGGAGCACCCUCUCCCUCUCCUCCCCCCACAGCUGUGACCGUUACUCCUCCUUGAGGAGUAACCGCUCCGCACCCUAUCCCAGCCCCUAUACCCACAGGAGUGCAUCACCCACUGCUUAUUCAGACACCUCGUCUACCUGUCUGUCCAUGUUGCCGUCCCAUGACAACUGGUCCAGCCUACAGGUGCCGUCCCAUUCCGGCAUGUUACCCAUGAGUCAUAGCGGCACCUCCGGGAGCAGCUCCAGGCAACACUGCAUGCUGAUUUAACGUCUUUCCUUAAUCUCCACCCCAUUGCUCACACACAGCCAGUAUCCCGGUUUGUGGUCAAUGAGCUCCUCCUCGCUCACUCCAGUUUCCCAGUCCAGUGGAAUGUACAACAGCUUGGGCUCUCAGUUCCUGCGCAGCUCUACCACUCAUUACCCAGGGCUCUCGCACGCGGCCACAGUGCCCCUCUAAGGCUCCCCCCUGUAUGACAGCACUGCCCCAUCGGAAGUUCAUAAAGCCUCACAGUACGACGCCUCUCCCCACGCACGCUUAGCCACCACCUGGACU